UAAUGGACUUUAGAGCGUCUGCAAGGCUCUGUCAGAGCUGCCAUAAAAGAGAAAUAGGUACCGGGCGGGCGGCACCGCUAAAUGCUGAGGACAACAACGCUGCCAAGCGUGAUUGAUUAAUGACAGAAAAGCCUUCUAAUUACAACGUGAGACGUUGCCCGUCAAGAAGAAGGGCGUUUGGACACGUAUGUUGCCGUUAAUAUCUUCGGCAAUAAAUCCAAGAACUGCACUUGCCCAGGUGUCCUCUCACAAGGGCUUUGCUACUUUAUUCCGGGGUGGCAAGGACACCUAGUUAAUCACAGUAAGAUCAGGCGGAAGAGUGGGGGAUGAGGACGACUACGGCUACACACCACUCAUCCCAUGGACGGCAGCUUCUCUUAUUAUAAUUUACCCGGAGGAUAACGGGACAGCCAGGUGGUGAAACAACUUCUCCGCUGGAACAUGCAACACUAGGUAACGUUACCGAUGUACGUAUGGUAGCCGUUCUCUCGGUCGAAUGGAUGUGGAUGUGGAAAAGUGCUCAUCAGACAGACGAAGACUUUGACAGCAUCAAGCUAACAGCGUUUCAUUAACGGAUUAAUCCUCCCAAGGGGUUGUUUGCACUCUUCCAUCAUGCGGUGUAUGGGUAUAUGGACAGGCCCUUAAACUAUCGUCUCGGAAUCGCUGCCAUGGAUCACGACGAGACGGACUCCGAGUCUUCGGAGCCCCCUCUGCAUGGAAUUCAUGGACCAAACCGAAUUCGACCCUCCUCUUACCGUGCACUCCGAAGUGCGGUGUCGAGUUUGGCCAGAAUUGACGACUUUUUUUGUGAGAAGAUUGGAUCCGGGUUCUUUUCGGAGGUGUUCAAGGUGCAGCACCGGAUCACUGGGCAGGUGAUGGCUCUGAAGAUGAAUACACAGGCCAGUAACAAGGCCAACAUGUUGCGGGAGGUGCAGCUCAUGAACCGCCUCUGCCACCCCAACAUCCUUGGGUUUUUAGGUGUCUGUGUUCAUGAAGGACAGCUGCACGCCUUAACAGAGUACAUCAACGGGGGGAAUCUGGAGCAGCUGCUGGACGGUGACAUGUACCUGUCGUGGGCGGUGAGGAUAGGCCUGUCUCUAGACAUCGCCCGGGGUUUGCAGUACCUCCACAGUAAAGGCAUCUUCCACCGGGACCUCACCUCCAAGAACUGUCUGGUGCGCUGUGAAAACGGGCUCUUCACUGCUGUGGUUGGUGACUUCGGACUGGCAGAGAAAAUCCCUGAUUACAGUGAUGGCGGGGAGAAGCAGCGUCUGGCAGUAGUGGGCUCCCCCUACUGGAUGGCUCCAGAAGUGCUGAGAGGAGAGGUCUAUGAUGAGAAGGUGGAUGUGUUUGCAUACGGCAUCAUCUUGUGUGAGAUCAUAGCCCGGAUUGAAGCGGACCCAGACAUCCUUCCUAGAACUGAGGACUUUGGAUUGGAUGUGGAGGCCUUUGAGCAUAUGAUAGGGGACUGUCCACAGUCCCUCUUCAACCUAGCCGUCAGCUGCUGUAAUAUGUGUGCAGAGAGUCGGCCUUCGUUUUCGGACCUCGUCGUUGAGCUGGAGCGCAUGGAGAGAGAGGAGCAGAGCAACGACGCGCCUGUGGUGCUGGAACCCAUCGCCCUCGACAAUAGCCCAUACCGACGGAGGAACUCGCCCUGUUGCCCGGGUGACCAGCGCCUGUCGCGGAGCCAGUCGGACAUGCUCCCGCCCACCACGCCCUCUCAGGCGGGCACGCCGGCCCGCAUCAACCCCUUCUCGCUGCGGCAGGACCUGAACGGUGGUCACAUCAAGCUCUACGACACGCCCAGCAAGUCUGUCAUUUCGCUGACCUUCACGCUGCCCCCGCUGGAGCCCAGCACCUCGCCGAGCCGUCACCGGGGCCACCGUCCACUUCGUGGGCCGCCGCGCCGCUGCCAGUCGCUGCCCUGCACGCCGGAGCUCGGACGCCCCAUGGCCCUAUCCCAGCCACGUGACCUGGGGCCCCGCAGCGGCGACAACGGAGAGGACAGCGAGGGGGACAGCUGCCUGGAGAGGGACCUGGUGGACGACAGGGUGACCAAAGAGGGGAGAGGUCAGUCGGAGUCGCCGUCAGCCUCGAUGAACGAGAUGGGGGACUCUGGAGUGGCCCUGGAACUGGAAAUGGUGUCUCUGGAGCGGCUGGAGGAGGAAGAGGAGGAUGAGGAGGGCGCUGAGCUGAAGGAGCUGUGCCUGGCCGAGCCCAUGGACUGCACCAGCUCCCCUGAUACCACCGAGAGCAUGUUGGCAGCAGCAGCAGGGACCGCCACCUCUCCUCCAGGCCCCAGGCCUCUGGUCAAAGCUUCGUCUUCGUCUGCGUCCUUCUCAUCCUCCUCCUCGUCCUUCUCAUCCGCUUCAUCGCUGCAGCCCAAUGGUUUGGUGCUGCCUGUCUCCAACGGGCCUCCCUCACUGCCGCCCCUCCCCCGCCUGGACAAUAACAACAUCUCGUUGCCCACUGGACGCCUGCUCGGCUGGGGAGCCACUAAUGGCUACCGCACGACCACCACCACCACCACCACCACCUCUGUCCUCCCCGAGCCGUGCGGCUUCGUCGGUGAGCCGCAGGACGAGGUCAUUUCCUGUCCCGGGUGCUGUCUGGCGGGACUCCCAUCCUUCCCUUCCGUGUGCCUGCGUGGCGCUGCACCAACCCGCCAGGUUGGCCGUGGCCGGCGGUCCUACCGGAACUUUGCCGGUGGUGAGGUGGGCGUUGCAGCGGCGGCAACCGCCUCUGCUGCUGCCACGGCAACCAAGGGCCUUCUGUGUCGUGGGGCCAAGGGUUUCUCACCACCCACCCCACCCUGUGAGCCGGGCCUGCCCCUCCCAGAGGCACAGACUUAAGCUGGGGGCGCAUGCCAAGGGGCGUGGGGGGGAAACGUCCAGCAGCACCCCUCACCUGUGACAUGCUUCUUAAGGCUGGCACUGUUUGCAUUGGAGGCUGAGUAAGGAUCACAUUGGAAAUAACAAAGCAGCAGCGGUAAAGCGUAAAACAAGGCUCAAACCGUAAUAAUUCAAAAGAAGUUUUUAUCUCAUUCCGAGGUUACACGAACAGUCAAUGUUCUGUUGCCUAAACUGACAAUUGAUGAGCCUUGCAUUACGCUAUGAAAGUUGAGCCAAGUUCAGCAUUCCAAUUGUUUGACACUAGCGUAACGCUGCCGACCGUAGGGAACAAAAGGAAAUCUGCCUGUUGCUGCUGGUAAAUGUGAUCCCUGCCUGAAGGGGACCACACCUUAGUGCCAGCUAUAUGUUGUGGAUCAACAGCUAAGUGCAGUUCAGGAGUAAAUGUGCCCUAGGCACCCUUUGGGUCUGGAGGAAUACGGUCAGGGCCGUAUGUAUGUGUGUAUGUAUGUAUGCAUGCGUGUAUGAGAAGUGCAGGACACUGGGCAAAUGGUGGUCUUCUGAGUAAGGCCAAUGGAACCAAGAAAUCCGGGGUUGUGUGGGAGAGUUGUACGGUGUGACUCUUCGUAGUCUUUAAAUUGUCUAAAAUUUGUGAAAAAUUCCUUUUGUAUUUGGAGAUUUAGAUUCAUAUUGAAUAUGAUCAGGUGCUUGCACUGCUCCUCACACCUCCAGAUCUCUAAUCCAAAACUGACAGCUGUGCGUGAGUGUGCGUGCGUGUGUGUGUGUUUGCUUGCUUGUAUAUUAUUUUUUUGUUAUACUGAUGAAACUGUACUAUAGCAUGAAAAGCAAUUUUAGCCUCUCUUCAAUUUACAUAGUGCAAAAAUGAUUGCAACCUCCAAGGUCGUGUGUGCGUGCUUGCACAUUCUUUUUCAAAGUGAAUACGUUUUUGAGCUCUUCUCUGUUUUUUCUGUAUUUAUGUAUAUCUAGGAAAGGGAAAAAAAAACGUGCAAUAAGUCUAUGUAAAGUGAGUUUGUGCAUAAUAUUUUACAGAGGUGUUCUUUUGUACACUUUGAGAGCUGCUGCACUCUGAAAUAUCAAGGAAAUGCUUAUUCUGUACCGUAGCCUGUUUGGGACAAACUGUGCUUAUUUUAUUUAUUGGCCUCCCUCAUGAAGGGAAGACCCAGGACCAUACCCUAACUGCUCCUGCUAGACUGCAGUGAGUGGCCAGGAUUAGUUCAGUCAUUAACUGUGUUUACAUGCACUUCAGUAUCCCGGUUAUGAGGCUUAUCCCAAUUUUGAUCAUAUUCAGGAUAUGGUGGUCACAUGAACACAGAGAAACUAUUAUUAAUAUCCCAUGAUGAAUACUAGUAUUCCAGUUAUCAACAAUAAAGUUCUAUUAGCACUCCUUAUCCCGGUUUCUAAUGCAAUCAUGCAUUUGUCUGAGACACCAGGAUAAGGUGUAUACCUGGAACAGUAUCCCCGUUUCUUUCGAAGUACUCCACCUAGCCUCCAUCCUAACCGGGAUACUCAAAACCGGAAUAAGGGCUUAUCCGGGGUUCUGAAAUCGGGAUAUGAUGUUCACAUGCGUAAAUAAAAAAAUACUUCAAAAUCCAAUCAUAACCGGGAUACAUAAGUGCAUGUAAACGCAUUCUAUGCCUAAGUGGGAAAAACCAAGCCUUUUGGUUCUGUUUAAUAGAUUUGCUAAUCACAUUGAUCAGUUAUACAGUAUAAAUAUAUAUACUGAGUGAGGCUGGCCUUUGAAUCUGUGACCUCAGUCUAGUUAGUAGUAAUUUGUCAUGCUUAGAGAACCAGAUGAAGUGUUCAUGGUUUACCCACUUGGUAAAGGUAACAGCAACAGCAUGCUUUUUCUACAAAAGUAUGUAACUCUGUCCAAAGAAUCUCCAUGUGUUCUGUGAGUCUGUGCAUCUGCUUUUAGACAUGGCUCGGCACGAGCUGGAAAGAGGUGGACGGUGCAUGCUUGGGUGUUUACCCAUAGAUGACGAUGAAAUACAAUCACAAUGGUUUAAACGGUGCCAGUCCAUGACACCAGCCCCUUGCCUGUUGUAGAUGUUCCCCUUUGAUGUGGCUAGCUUGGCUCUCUGACAUCGGCACGGAGAUCUCUUUUACUUCCUCUCCAUACGGUAAAUCAUCAGAACCAACAACAAUAGACCUCUGAAGUUCACCUACAGUACAAAAAAGGACCCAAAGCUGCCAUCUUUGCCCAUAUAAGGAGGUCCGGAUCUCCUUAUAUGGUCACGACGGUACCCGGAUCUUCUUAUAUGGACAAAGAUGUUAGCUUUUGGGUCCUUUUGUUUAGGCGGUCUUCAGAGGUCUAUUAGGCCUAGUGCCCAGAACCUUUGCUGUAGGCAAUGUUUCUUGAUUUUUUCAAAGAUAUUUAGUCGGUUGCGUCCCUAAAGGUCGGCCUUCUGCAGAAGAAUCACUUUCCUGGAGAAGUAGUGCACUCCAUGGUAUUUCAUCACUACUAAUUGCUAAUUUGACUGUGACCUACCACACAGCCAAAUUAGCCAUAUAUUCAUUUGAUAUUUGAAAUAAUGUACACAUUUCCAAAAGUGAUAUUUUGAUAUAUUUUGAUACAUUUGGUUACUUAAAUCAACAUAGUCUCAUUUGGGAUUAAACCAGUGAGGGAAUUUAAAAAUGUUGUCAGCGCAAAGAUGAGGAGGUGCUACACUGACGGAUCAUAGUGGUGCUGGUACUGCAAAAAAGUUUUUUUGCCAUGUAAAUAAUCGAAAGAAAAACAAAUGUAGGUUGAUGGGAUGUGAAGGCCCAGAUUGGACAUUUCUGUGCAAGUUUAUGUGACAUGUUAUCAGGCUUUUAUGCAAAGACUUCUCUCUCUCUGUCAUUCUGAUAAAAAGGCACUUAUUGCAACUGA